AUGUACGGGAUUGGGCGAGCGACGGCAACCUUUCUCGCAUCCAAAGGAGCCAAAAUCGUGCUUGCGGAUGUCGAUGAGACGAAAGCCAAUGAGGCUGUCAAGGAACUGCGACCCGUGGGAUACGAUGCGGUUUGCGUUGUGGGAAACGCUCUGGACAAGGCAUUCCUGGCAAAAGCGGUUGAUGCAGCGUUGAAGCCCGCCAUUCACAAGAUGAGCGUCGAACAAUGGGACAUGAUUAUGAAAAUCCACAACUAUGUUCCUUUUCGAAUGAUCCGCGCCAUGUCCGGUCACUGGAUGGAUCCUCAGACUGCCGAUAUGCCCAAGACAGUCAUCAAUGUAUCCUCGACGUCUGGACUGCAUGGCCGAAUGGGCCAGAUUAACUAUUCCACUGCGAAAUCGGGGAUUCUGGGACUUACCAAGACUGUCGUGGCGGAGUGGGCUAGAUAUAACGUCCGCCGCAACGCUGUCGCAUACGGCUGGAUGGAUACGCGGUUGACAAAACCACCCACCGAAAGAAGGCCCGAUGUCAUCCUAUCUCACGGCGACUUGUAUUGA